AUGAAAUGCACCAAUGAAACGGUCACCGUCGAACUCAAGAACGGCACCAUCGUCCACGGCACCAUCACAGCCGUCUCGCCGCAGAUGAACACGGCCCUGCGCGCCGUCAAGAUGACCACCAAGAACCGCGUCAACACCUCCGCCCCGGGCGAGACCAUUUCCCUCGACACCAUCAACAUCCGCGGCUCGACCAUCAGAUACUUCAUCCUGCCGGACUCGUUACCGCUUGAUACGCUGUUGAUUGACGACCAGCCGAAACCCAAAAACAAGGCCAGAAAGGAGGGCGAUAGCACUCGCGCGAGAGGGCGGGGGAUGGGGAGAGGUCGUGGUGCCCCUCGAGGACGUGGACGAGGUAGAGGAAGGGGGUUCUAG